AUGCCUCCGAUGGCUGAAGAGAUCCUCAAUAAGGAGAGCGGCUGGAAGUCCAUGACAGGCACCACCAACUUUGGCGUAGUUGCCGAGUCAGACGAACCCACCCACCGCCUGGCCUUUGAAAUCUUUGUCGAUCGCAUUGCCGGCUUUAUCGGCUCUUACUUCGUAACCCUCGAGGGUCGUGUCGAUGCUUUGGUCUUCGCUGGCGGCAUUGGAGAGCACAGCGCCAAGCUUCGAUCUGCCGUCGUCGAGAGGGUUGCCUGCUUAGGCUUUGCCCUCGAUGAUGCUAGUAAUCAGGAACCUAUCAAGGAUGUUAUCCAGGAACUCGGUAAACGCGAUGCCAGGCAGCGGGUGCUCGUCUGUCAGACAGACGAGCAGCUGGAGAUGGCCAGAUUGUGUGCAGAAAAGGAGGAUAUAUGGGAAUAG